AUGUCUACCAAAAAAGCAUUUGUACCAAAAUAUGAGAUUUCUGUCGGUCUUCAUAAAGGACGAAAAAUAGAAAAAUUUGUACCAAAAAAAGUUCGUCCGACACGUCGUACAGAUAAAAAAAAUAAACGCGUGAAAUUUAUUCGUGAUCUUGUACGUGAAGUCGUUGGUUUUAUGCCCUACGAAAGACGUGCCAUGGAAUUAAUGAAAGUUGGUCGUGAUAAGAGAGCAUUAAAAUAUGUUAAAGCAAGACUUGGUAGUCAUCAACGAGGAAAACAGAAACGUGAUGAGUUACAAGGUGCCAUUCUUGCACAACGAAAAGCUCAAGCACAAAAAUAA